AUGGCGUGUUACAGUGUGAAUGAGACCAAACACUCUCACAGGACUAAAUGCAACGUAGUUUUACACUGAAGUUCAGUGUUUUUUCUUUUGUGACCAGCAUAAACCUAAUUAGACCUAAAUCUGUUGUUCUUAAAAUUGUUUUUAGCUGCAUCCAAUUGAGAUUGCUCGGCAGUUAACGGUUAUUGAAUCUGAGCUGUAUAGGUAAUAUUCCUUUACUUUGAUUGAGCAGCACUAUGCCUUUGAAUCGCGUAUUUUACCGAACGCCGACGUGGAACGAAGUAUAGAACAACUUUCCGUUUGUCGUUAUUUCGUGGUGGAGUUUCGACACCAAGUCAUGUGUUCUAAACAGCAAAAAAUACAUCAAUGUUUUGCAUGUUAUAAAAAUGACUAGAAAUGUUCCACCCUGUGAUAAAAUUACGCCUAGUAUAAUGUUUAUUGUGGUCUCCCUCGCAGCCGUUUUUCUCGUCACGUACAAUGGCUGCGUGGGAGACUAGGUUUAUUGUUAAAACCGCCAGGUCUCGCUUGCUUGGAGAUUAGAUAAGAAAUAAGGAGGCGAUUAAUUGUACACGAAACAGGAUUUCCUCGCUAAAAUUUUUUCAGGUCCUACUUUAUCGACGGUUGAGUAUUCUUCAGGAUGUUUACUUUUCAUAAAAAUCGUAUUCGUUUAUUUGUUUCUGAAUUGAUUGAGUACACGGGUAUAAAUACACGAAAAUCAAUGGCCUCAGUUCGUACGAAAUUAUAUCAUUGCCAAAGAGCGAAAACGUGAUGAACAUGAACAACCAUUGCCCAAAAAAGCCGCAUGCUCAUCACAAGCUCUUUUGCAUACAAUGAGAGUUUACUAAACCCGACCAGUUAGCCUAACCAUGGAAGUUUCGCUGCUAAAGCAAGCGAGACCAAUAAAAGUGAACUGAAUGCAGUAUUAGAUACUGAAAACAUCCAUUGUGAGGGAUCUUAAUCUUAUGCUGCUAUUUUUCUUGCGUUAUUUUCCAGGGCGGUACGUCCCUCGGAGCUGGUAGGAAGUGUCUGGACGAAAGAAGAUAUCAAACACUUGACGUCGCCGAAUCUUUUAAAGAUGAUUCAUCACACCAAUAAAAUCACUGUGUGGUUUGAGAAGAGCAUGUUGGAGUUUCCAAACUUAGAAGAAAGAGUAGCAGUAUUAGAUAGACUUAUGGAUAUUCUAACAGUGAGCAUGGCAGUUUCCUCGCUAAUGGAGAUAAUUCAAGCUUUUUUUCUUAUGGCCUCACCUUGCCUUCUCUUUUUGCUGCUUCAGGACCUUCCAGAUUUUGGCGUCGAGGGCCAUGUUCCUUUGUUCCCUUUAAUAAUCACUUAGUUAGCAAUUGUUGGAAGUUUUCAUGACGUAGCAUCGUAAUGGCAGUCUCGUCUGACCCAUGGUGUUACCUCGAAGGGUGUUAAAACAUUUGACACAAACUCGUCACCUGCUCUUUUAUAAUGAACAAAUUGACUUCAACUCUCGGUCCACUAGUAACCAAAUCCAAACAACUAUUGCGAGUAAAAAACUGUGAGUCGUUAAGGGUCUGCUAGUAAAAGUUUAUGGUAAGACUUUUCUUUGAAGUUAGAAAAUCAAUGUUCUCCUGUUCCAAAGAGGUUUUUUUCUUUGUUCCCGAAAAGUGAGUGGUCAUGCUGCCUUGCUACCCAAAAUCCCUGGAAGGCCCUCUGUCUGGUGUCGUUUUGUGUUUGUUGGCACUUGGGGACCCUGCAAGUAUAGAGAAAGCAGGUUUCUCGAAGAAAUCUAUUGCUAAGAUGGGUGGUCUUUAAUUUGAAAUAAUUCUCGUUUGGCUACUGCCCCGACACUAGUAGGUUCUAUUAUGAACUAAGCUUAUGUUAUGUCUUCUGAAUCGAGUUAAUACAACUGUUAACGUACAAAUCGGUUGAAGAUUGGUUUCGAUUUGAGUUCUUUUUAAAACUAAAACCAAAGUAUUAACUCUAGCUAAUCACAACAUGGUCUUGCAAACAAAUUAAUCAAUCAGAUGUCAAAGCAAAUCCAGUGUAGCUGUCUCCAAGCGCGGGAAAAGUCGCAAUUGGUAUAGGUUAACUUCUGAUUGUUUGAGAAGGUGGCGCGAGAACUUCUGGCCAAUCUGAAACAAUAGAGCGAUCACUGAUUACUUUUAAUACUUGUUUGAAAGCCGGUCUGGACAUUGAAAUUUAAACUUGGUCAUUUUGUUCAGUGAGUUCUGAAACUGUUUUAAUUACUUCUAGGUUUUUCAAGAAUUAAACAAUUUCAAUGGAAUUUUAGAAGUAGUUAGUGCAAUUAAUUCAUCGCCAAUUUUCCGACUGCAGCACACUUUUGCGGUAAGUCUUAAAUCGCUUGUUUUUUUGUAUUGUAUUGUAUUCGUUUUUUUUUCUGAAUUUCUGUAGCGAAAUGUUGUUUUACCGUUUUCUUUCACAAGCGGUCGAAAUUAUCUUCGUUCUGUUAAGUUUAUUUUUAUUAUAGUUUAUUGCGCCUUCUUAAGUACAAGGCAUUAUGUCAACUUAAGCAUGUCCGUUUUGCGCAGAUACACUUGCGAUUUUCGUCUUGUUGAUUGCCUGUAACUUGCGAAACCAACAAAAAUAUUUCCGGUGAGCUCUCUAAAUUUGCUAGCUACUACUGUUGCGAAACAAGAAUUUGUUUCUGUAAGAAAUAUUACAUCUUUGGUACUGUCGAACGAAUUUUCCCCCCUAAAGAUGUGCGAAUAAUGAGGGACAGUUACGAAACGUUUCGGCUACCUUUUUCUUGUCCUAGGUAUCAUUAUUACAUAAAAAGGUAAUUUAAUGGGAUAUGUAGUUUAUCGUUUUAUGACGUGAAAAGGUUAAUUCACUUCAGUCUCAGAGUCAGGUUGAUAUGCGAGCAUGUGACUACCGAAGUUGCCUAGUCCAUGCAAAAAAAUUGAAGAGAAAGACAAUUUAAUUUCAGGGAACAAAACUGAGGAUCGCAAUUCUUACCUUCUCUUUCCGUACAUAUUGUGCAGGAGUUGUCGGUCAGACGGAGCCAAACGCUGGAAGAGGCAAAAGAACUCAGCCAAGAUCAUUACAAGAAGUACAUCGAGAAAUUACGAUCCAUUAAUCCGCCAUGUGUCCCCUUCUUCGGUACGUAAUAACAGAGAAACUCAUUAUAAUUAUACCUGCUAGACAUUCUGGUGCACUCAAGUGCUAAUGGGAUUGUUGAAAGACAGUAUAUUAGCUACGUGAAGUCAUGACGGCGUAGUAGUUACUUUACUGACAUCUAUAUUACUGAAUACUUUUUAGCUUAUACUCUCAUGGUAUACGCUUUUGCUUAAAUGUGUAAUUUGCUGUCUCUUCCAGGCAUGUACUUAACAAAUAUUCUUAAGCCAGAAGACAGAAGACAGAAGACAGAAGAAGGCAAUCCUGAUUUCCUGCCCAAUUAUCCUAAGGGAAUCAUCAACUUUAAAAAAAGGUGCGAUAAUUUUUUUUAUUGUGGUCUGUCCCACGAAAUGUUAUGAACACCAAAGAAUGUUUGUCAAAAGUCAAGCAAAACGAAUUAUCCUUACUUGGCUUGAGGACAAUAGGCAUUGUCCGAAUUAGAAAGAUAUUCCGCAUUCGGACGAACCUUUUGAGGAAGUAAUUUCUUCAAGCUCCCGGCGGAGAAAAGUCAAGGAUUAUAUUUCGAGAAUGGGAAAAUUUAAAAAUGUAAGAAGCUGGAAAAAUUAUUUCAGGUCACUGUUAUCUUAACGAUUUCUUUCAUUAAUACGAACCAUCGCUUUCCAGAAUUAUAUUGGUUUCAAGCUUUACACAUUCAUAAAAAAAGGAGCGAAAGUAGAAAGGAGAUUUGUAAGAGGAGAAUAGAUGCCGCUACUGUACGUUACAUUUUGUAUUUCUUUGGUCAGGGAUAUUUUAUUUUCAUCAGGAAAAAAGUCGAGGAAUUUUGAAACGGAUAUCUUUGGCAAAUGGCAAAGCAAUUGCUUUGACCAGUUCAGGUAAUCAAAUAAACCAAUCAAAUCUCAUAGCGGAUCCAGUGAAGCUUCCAAGCGCGAGAAAAUGCUUCUCUUUAGAAAAGGGCGGGAGAUUUGCAGCCAAUAGGCUGUUUCGGAGUUCCGAAAACUCUCACUUUCAAAACGAGACUUAGAGCAAAACCAUUCUUGUGAAAAUGACUUUCAGUUGCAUAGCCUCGCUUUGAAGCAGAGGCUUGGAGCAACUCGGAAAUGGCUUAUUACAAUCGCAAAAUCAAGAAACUAAGACUAUCGCGAGAUUACUUUUUAACCUAAUCUGAUACUAGUCUUGUUUAUGUCAAAGCCUGAAGGGUUGAGUUGUUUUUUAUGUGUAGCUUUUCAUGACGCAGUAGUUUCAUUAACGUUUCUGCUUUCAUCAACAGGAGAAAGGUAGCUGAAAUUACUGGAGAAAUUCAGCAGUAUCAAAAUCAGCCCUAUUGUCUUCAGAAAGAGGAAUUUAUCGCGGUAAGAGUUGAGGUGCAAUUUAAUUUGAAAUGUAGUUGCUUGCCUCUUGCGAGAAAAUCUGAGUUCUGUUAACGUCCUUUCAGCAACUUCAGAGAAAAUCAGUGAGCAGUAAUUUCCUGUGGUACCUGUUUUUUAAUGGUAUACAGGAUGGCUGUGACUUUUGAGUCUGUAGAUGUUUAUGUAGGCUUGCGGCUAUGUCUGUGAUAGAUUUUGCAAGGUAAUAGAGCGAUUUUUGCAUGACCUUGAAAUGAAAACACGCGAACAAAACAGAAACAACAAAAGAACGGAAAUAGAGCUAUUUGAUUGGUUUAUCGAACGGAUACAGACGCGCGUGGCGUUUGCUUUGGUUAAGCGAACGCUCGGGUGAAAAAACUUCAUGCCUUUUCGAACUUUCUAGAAAUCAUCCGUUACCUCGCUUUCACGUCAUGCUGCAACAGUGCCUUCUCCAUAUUAGGGUUUUUUUUCUUUGGCGGGAAAACAAAGAGGCCAUGUUUUGAUCUUUUCAUCCAUUGGCUGUUAAAACAAAUAACGAACACUUACCGAAACCAUUUUUCAAGGUCAUACGAAAAUCGCUCUAUAUGUAAAUGUAAAUGUAAUCCUCAAGUGUGACCAUUCAAAUAAAGCCCAUUUCCUGUAGUACUGUUUUUUACGUUGUACAAGGUGGUUCUAACUUUUAGGCUCAUCUCCGGUGUAAGAUAGUUUAGUACUCACAGCUGACGUAAAACAAAGAAAACAAAACGUCGUUAACAAUGAACCUAACCCUGACAAUAGUCCAUAAAACAAGGAAAACGAAUAAAUUAUAUUACACCGGGGAUGACCCAACCUUUAAGUCUGUCGAUAAAAUUGUAAAAUUAACGUCUGAAAUGUCUUACUCCAAAAUGACGGCAUUAUUACUUUUCUUUAAUAUUUGUGUUAGUUAGCCCUCUAUCCUUGAUUGCACCUGCAGAACUUAAAGAACGUUUACCUUGAAACGAGACAUUGAGGGUCCUUUCUCUUCUGCAGAGGUCUCUUUGUGUCGUAGGGAGAUUGGGGAGAGGGAAAAAGAAAGCGCGCGACGGUCGCGCGGCGAUUUUCGGUUUUUUUUCUUUUUAUGAGGUACUCAGCGGGACCCAAUGCAGAGGAGAAAGUUGAGGGUCAGUUAUCACGUAGACUGCUGACAAAAGAGCAACUAAAUUUACCAUUAGUUUGCAAUAAGGUGGAUUGAAAGCCGUUGUUUUUUUUUUCAGCUUUAACUCAUUCAAUCUGUAGUGUUCAUACUUGUGAGUGUUUUCUUUCGUAGGAGUAUCUAGAGACGCUUGAUCCAUUUGAAGGACGAACUGACACUGAAAUGGAAGACUAUUUGUACCAACUUUCUCUAGAUAUUGAGCCCCGAAACUGUGAAAAGUUGGUAAAGCAUGUAAGUUGAGAACCAUUGAACGAACUCAUACAAACCCGGCGUGCGUCUCUCAAAACUUUCAAUAACAUUUUGGUCCCAAAAACUAUUUGUGCACAAAGUUCAUUUGCAGGAAUGUGAUUUUUGGAAAAUUUUGUAAGCUAUACAAAUCAAGAAGUAUGUUGGUCUACUUUGCACAAAAGCUCUAUAGGAUCGUUAAAAAAUAGAUGAUAAAAACCACUUCCGAGCCGCUAAACUCCUCAGGAGUUUUGAUAAAUAUAAAACGCGUUAACGUUAACAGUCAUGUUACGCGGUGUCACGUGACCACACAAAGAACUUUUGCAUAGGAGACUAGAAACUAGCACGUUAAAUGUUGGAUAAUGGGCCAGUUUUGAAGGUCUGUAGAUUAACAUUAGUAGUGCUUGUUCCUUAUUAAGGAUGGAUGAGGGUGACGAGGUCAUUUGUAAUUCUGGAAACGUUCUUUGCCACUUUGUAAGCUCUAAUAUGCCUACGCAGUAUGCCGCUGAAUGACAGCAGGCUCGUCGAAUUGUUUCUAUGUAAAUCGUUUUGUAUACCAGUCUAGUGUUGAAAGCCCAACGUCUUGCCUUUUAGUGUCCGGCCAUGCCUGCGUAUUUCUGCUGAACGGGGUGACCGAAAUUUUGCUUUUGAUGAAAAGCACUUGCACCCCACUACUGACAGCAUUUUGAUGGUACGUUAUUUUCACUGGUAUUUGUUUUUUCACAGCCUCGAAAAACAGAAUAUUCACUCAGGUCUCCUGGAACCAAGCCCUCAUACCUUCAGUCUCGGCUCUCCAUCACCUCACAAACAACAUUAAGAAGAAGUCCAUCACAAGCAUCGUCCAUCUACCUACCCGAUAGCGACAUGUUUCCGUCAACUGUUUCGUUAUCGCCGAGCACUCCACGAACUCCUCAAUCGAUGUCGUCCUUCCUCCCUUCGGAGACUGUCCCAGAAACAAUUCCCGAGACUCCAAUGUUGGAGGAUACGGAACCAGAUUACGUCAACAUCGAGCACUUUCCGGAAAAAGAGCCGCCUCCUCCGAAUUUACCCCCAAGAAAGCCUCGAUCAGCUUCGGCAAACGGUCCAGUGAGACCA